CAACUAUUCAAAUAGAUUAAUUUAAACAAGUAACAAAAAUGUUGAAUUUUCAAUCAUUUUGUCUAAGACUUGUACUUAUAAGUUUUAUAUUUAAAUUGGCUAAAUUGGUUACAUCGGAUAAUGAGUGCAACAAAAUUACUAUUCAGGGUGAAGAGUCUGUCAUUCAGAAACUAUUCAACAAUUUAAAUCUUAUGAUGACAACCAUACGGGAGUUAAAUACGCAAAUAGAUUCCAAUCAGGAAGCUGGUGACAAUUAUAGCGAAGCAGAAAGUAUGGCUGAUUUCAUUGAUAUGCGAAUUGAUAAAUUACCUAAAAAAUGCAAACGAGAUUCACUGCCCAAUGAUUGUACUGCAGCCACUAAAUGCACUCGCCGCAGUGGCAUCUAUAAAAUCCAAGUACCCCACUACACUGGCCAACCAUUUUAUGUUGAAUGUGAUGCAAAAACAGAUGAAGGCGGCUGGAUUGUUAUACAAAGACGUCAAGAUGGUUCCAUUGAUUUCUAUCAGAAUUGGGUUGAAUACCAAAAAGGAUUUGGUGACAUAGAUGGUGAAUUCUUUAUCGGUUUAGAUAAUUUGAAUGCUCUGACCAACAACCAUGGACCCCAAGAACUGAUGGUUGUUAUGGAGGAUGGUAAUGGAACGAAGGCUUAUGCCAAAUAUGAUGGCUUUGCAGUUGAUGAUUAUUCGGAAAGGUACAAAUUAAGGACAUUGGGAAAAUAUUCGGGCACAGCUGGUGAUUCCUUGCUUCAGCAAAUCGGUUUUAUGUUUUCAACGAGGGAUCGUGAUUACGAUAAUCAUACAACAAUUAAUUGCGCCCAGCGGUAUAAAGGAGCAUGGUGGUAUAAUAACUGUCAUUUUAGCAAUUUAAAUGGAGAUUAUGACAACUAUAAAGUUGGCGAGGGUAUAAACUGGUAUACAUUUACUGGCUACAAAAGAUCUCUGAAAUAUGUCAAAAUGAUGAUACGUCGUCGUAGAUUUUAAUUGACUAAUGCAGCUACAAAAAACUGGAAAUAUAUGAAAAGCUUGUACAUUUUUAUACUAAACCUAU